AUGGCCUGCAAAAGAACGUGGAUUAGAGAUCAUCUGAGCAGAGAUGGAAAUCACCUGUUAGUCGAAGUCGACCCCGAUUAUCUAAAGGACCGCUUCAAUCACCAAGGAAUUCUUGCCGACGUCUCUGAAAAAGUAAUGAAGGCCCACGGAACAACCCACGAAGCAGCAAUGAAAAUCAUUCUCGAUGUGCGUCCUCCGAAAAAUGCGACACAGAUGGAAAAAGACUCCGCCGAAUUUUUCUAUGGAAUGCUGCACGCUCGAUGGGCGACGACCACCAUGGGGAUAAAGCAGUAUCGUGAAAAGUGGUACAAUGGGUAUUUCGGCGUUUGUCCGAAGUUGCGAUGCGGAUCAAACCUGAUUCCGAUCGGGCCGGACUCGGAUCCCGGUCUUUCGAAAGUGAAGCUCUAUUGCUACCGUUGCAAUGACCUUUUCCACUGCGAGAACUCGGAGUUGGACUCUGCUUACUUCGGCCCCAACUUACCACAAAUGCUGCGAAUGAUGUCGCCCAAGGAGCCUUUUUCGCGCGUCGUCUAUUUCACAGAGAAAAUCAAGCCACACUAUAUCGUGGACGAAUACGACCAACUGGUGAACCCGAAGAAUCAAGUCAAACGAGUCGCAAGCUCGAUUCGCCCGCAGAUCAGCGUCAACGGAGCUGGGCUCGGCAACCUGUGUAGAAAACCUGAGUCAGGUUCUGAGGAGCUUUAA